CAGUUGCAUCUUCCUACUUUGUCCUCGCACUCUCACCAAUUUUCCCCGAUCUGCAGCCCGUCAUCAAGAGGUGGUCUCUGCUCUCUGCUCUUUGCAGGGACCCUUUGCAACGAAGAUGCGCCUGACAAGAUGGUGGCGGCCUAUCUCUUGGACUAGGGCCACGGGUGCUAGUCUGGCCUUGGCCUAGAAUGCCAUGAUCGAGUCUGGAGAAUUGGGGCGGCAAGUCUUGGCUAAGCAAGGGUAGGCACAUAGAUUGCUGGGAAUCCCCCUGGCCAGAACCAGGGCUUCUCUCGUCUUGUCUGAAGGGAUACAAGGUACUGGCAGCACACAACCCGCUUGACUCGGAUGGGUUUUAGUGCCGGGUUAGCCCUUGACCCAGCCAGACAAAGUGGUGAGCAGACCAACAGCCACUCACUUGCCAAGACAUGCUCUCUCCAAAAGGUCCCUUUGCUUCUGCUCUUGAGCCCAUGUGGCGAUUGUCCCCCUCCCUUAGAACAGAAAUCUCCCGAGCUCUGUGAUAGGCCUUCGACCUGGACAAUGUGUGCCCACCUGCCUGAUGCGGUCCUACUCUCCCGAGGACGGAAAAACGCCCACAAACACUCCUGGUGCCGCGCCAUGCGACCGGGGGUUUUGCAUACCAAUUGCACCGUAUGGUAUGGUAUGGUAUGGGUGUCCGUCGCUCUUGGUUGGUGGCCAUUCGCCGAUCCAAGUCCAGCUGCUUUGCCAAAAGGCCCCCAGAGGCCCCCAGAGGCCCUUUUGAUUGAGAGACGCAGCGCCGUUGCGCGCUACCUGCCCAAGUAUGCCUCACCUUUGGUACCUUUGGUUCCUUUGGUUCCUCGGCUAGUGGAUAGGCUCAUCUUUCCUAGUGGCGAGCGGCGGUUUUCAUUUUCCAUACUCCAUGCUAGUCGUUCUGUAUGUACUACACGACCACUCCAGCUGAUCGGGAAUCCCCGUCUGAGGCGGACCUCAAGACCAAACAUGGUAAAGCAGAAUGAUAAAGACAAAAGUGAGAAGACGAAAGAGAAAAGGGUCCCAUGUUAGCCUCUGAAAUGGUGGUUUCCGUAAACAACGGCCUGAGUGGCAAUUUUACCCCAGAACCGGGCCCAACGAUCUGGGAAUGGGUGGUUGAGUGUUCCUAAGUCGUCCUCGUAUGCGUAUGUGCAUACGGCGCCUUAUCAUCGUAUCCAUGAGGCAAUCCUCCCAAGUGAGCACAGAAUCCAUCACCUGCAGCAAGACUUCGU